GCCCAUGUUAGCGCUACAGGCUGUGAGGAAAGAGAUAUGGUACUAGAGUGCAUGUUAAGGGCGAUAAGCUUUCUUUUUUUUUCCUGUUCGGCGUGCCCCGGGGAAGAGUUACGGUAGAGUCGACACACGUCUGUUGCAAGGAUAAGUGUUAAUCGCGCAGACCUAAAGGAAGAAAAAACAAAAAAAACAAAGACAAAACGCAGAAUACAUACCCAUCUCGGAUUUCAGUUUCAGAUUUGCCGUCUGCAAAAUGAGGCGACAAAAAACGAGUGUGUUGUUAAGCUGCGGUCUAAGGCUACUGUAACAUACGCGAGCAACUUUUGCAGUUUCUCUCGUAGCAACCGUACGCAAUCGGCCUCGAACUAUCCUGCAAUAUUAUUAUAUAAAAGGUAUUUAAAUACACACCGUUAAAUACGAAUUUCUUCUGAAAAUGGCAUCGUAUCUCAACGUUCUGCUAGUCACGGCAAACGUUGGCUCCUUAUUUGAUAACCUGGGAGAGAUCGAGAGGGACUGGCUUCGAGAGUUUUAUAAGACGGUCCACAGGCACCAGCCACGGUUCAUAGCCCUGCACUGCCAGGAGGUUGGGGGGAAGGACUACGAGCUGAACAUGGACCACGUGGAAAUGUUCUUCAGAAACAUCUUGUUCAGCGAGGAAAUGAAGGAUUUUGACAGAGCCUGCGUGUACGUCGACAAGGACUUCAAAAUCAAAAACAACUUCACCGCACUGGGGAGCAUGUAUUUUAUUCACAAAUCUCUGAAGCAGAUCUACCACUACGAUUUUAAAGUGAAAGAAUUUAAAGCAGUUUCUGGAAGAAACAUCCAUCUGGGCUCCCUAGACAGCGCCGCCACACUCGAAAAAGAAAGGUUCUCAAAGAAUUUCUGGCCGGAUGUAGGUUUCAAGUGGUCCCGGAAAGGCUACAUGAGGACACGAUGGAUAAUUCACAACCGUGGCUUUGACCUUGUGAAUGUCCACCUGUUCCACGAUGCUUCCAAUAUCGUGGCUUGCAGAACCAGCCCCUCGGUUUACUCGGGGAACAGAGAGAAAGCCUUCAGAUACAUAAUCAACAGGUUGUCUGAUAACAGGUAUACGCCUCUCCCAUUCUUCAUGUUUGGAGAUUUCAACUUUCGGUUAGACACGCGGAGUCUUGUACAGGCACUGUGCAGCUCAGCAGAGAUCAAAACUGUAAAGAAAGGAACGAACAACGAAGAAGAAAAGAUGAUCUACAAGGAGAAAGACAGCGACCACAAGCUGGUCCUUCGCAUCGAGAAGAAAGUGUUUGAGUACCAGCAUCAGGCCGCCUUCAGAGAGGAGAACGGCAAAGCUUUUCUGAAGUAUGAUAAGGAGAUUGACCGCUACAAUGAUGUUGUUGGCGAGGAAGAGAUUCAGUUUCCUCCCAGCUACCCAUACAGCGAAGACUACUCUCAGCCCACCCAGUUCAUGAACACGAGGUGCCCGGCCUGGUGUGACCGCGUGCUCCUGUCCCACUCCGCCAGGCACAUCAUCCACAGGGGAGAGGAAGGGGAGAGUGGUGUAAUCUAUGACACCUUGGGCUCGAAUGUAUGCAUGGGGGACCACAAGCCCGUUUUCAUGUUCUUUGGAUUAAAGACCAACGGACAUUGAGACCAAGCCUGGAGCUUUCUAAGAGCUGAACUCCUUGCUUCACAGGAACACCAGCAGCUGUUUAAACAAGACAUUUACUAGAGGGAGGGCAAAACGGGGAGGGGGUGGGGGGAGAAGAACUGAUCCCAAGACCUGCUGGAUAUACUGAAGUCCUGCAAGCUUUACACACCAGCAAUUCACUGUGCCAGCACUGUCUGAAUACGACGGGCAGUUGAUUUUAAUUAUUUUUUUUUUUUAAACAAAUGCAUGCACACAAGAUGCGGUGCAUAUGAGUUUUGAUAUUUUUAAUGUAAUACUAAGAACGCUAAAGGAGAUGAAACCACAGUUCUGUUGCUGCUAUGAAUAUUAAGCACCAGGGUUCUGUCAAGUACCGGUAGCUGCUUACUUUAAAUCUGUAACUAAAUAAAUACUAGAUUUAGUUUUAUCUGUAUAACUACACAAGCACUGUAAUGACAGUGAAAGUUUAGUGUGUUCAAACUUAGACUGCAGCCACUUGCAAUGUUUGACUCAAACAGGAUAAUACUAAGCUCCAAACAGCAGCUUUUCAUUUCUGAUGAAUAUACUCUCUAGUUUUUUUUAAUACAUGUAUUUAGUGAUUUACACUGUGUUAGAUUGUAUAAGUGUGCUGUGAAGCUAAGGGCGGUCAUGAUCCAAGUUGUUCAUCUGCAAAUUCGUUCUUAACCCUUUAGUGCUUGGUGCACGCAGUUGUCUUGGAACGUACAGAUUGAAUUUUUAAAUGUUUGGUUUUACCAGAGGGCCUCUCCCAUAGGCUAGUGACUCCUCUCAUCUCGUCACCCGAAAAGCUCCUCUGUGUCAGGGGCCACACAAUAAAAGACUGGAGGGGCCCCAAAAGGACCAAAGGAGGUGAAAAAGCACUGAUCUAGAUAAAGCGUUAAUAACCAAAACACUACAUUUAUAUGUUAUUAUUAUUAUUAUUAUUAUUAUUAUUAUUGUAUUUUAUUUCUGAUUGUAUCUGUUUACAAAUGGGGUAUAAGGAAAGGUAGCCUUUUUUUUGUGAAUUCUUUUUUCAGAUUCGUUUUCAAGUUUGAAGUGAACAAACUCGAUAUGCUGUAGUUUCACACAUCACACAUCUAGACAGGUUUAGGUGAGGUAUUCAUCCUCUAAGGUACAAGGGGAAUAUGUGUCCUAAAAAUAAAUUCUUCCUUUUGCAAUGAGGGGCAUGAAACAUGGGUUUAAAUUAUAGUGACCGGUUGGGUCUGGUCAUCCAAAUUGUCAUUUUCCUCCUCGUGAUAAUUGGGAGUUGCUCUCAAAUGUAUUUUAAGAAGUUUGAACAAACCGCUCAAUUUCCUGUGUACCUUAAAGGGUUAAAUCUGUUAAUCUCGGCAACAUUAGAGGCCUUCAUCAGAUCAUAUUUGGGUGGUGUUUGGUGGUUGGGCCACUCUUAAGUCAACUUCAAUGGCGAUGUGGUGGGAUCUAUUUGAGUUCUAGAACAACUUAAUUCUGUAUUCUAAAUCCAUUGUGAUGUCAUUGCUGGGAUUGCCCUAUAAAUGGUUCAGCUGGGUUGCCUAUUCUGAGAUUGUAAAGCUAUACAGCAUUCCCAUGUGCCUUGUUGCCACAGAAAUACAUACUGAAAAUGAAUAAUACCUUUCACAAUAAGCUGAUGAUAAUGCUGUGUUUAGUGAACUAUAUACUGUUCUAAAUACAAGUUGUUUUUAGCAUUUCAAAUGUAGCACUGUGGAGUGUUUUUAUAGUUAUUUUAUUGGUAUAAUAUAUACUUUACGUACAAUAUAUAUAAAGCAUUUUUAAAAAGGUUUCCUCUGUGAUGCAAGACAUUUUAAACUUUCUUUUAAAAAACAUUUUCUUCCUUUGUACAGAGCGCAGGUUUUACUAUUGGGGGUAGAGUCUGAAUGAAUCUUACUUUAUAAUCAAUUACAGGGUGCUGCUGUACUACUAUAUCCAAAAGGACGGCAGUAGUGUAGUUGGUGGUGUUGUUUUUAAAGAGGCAGAAAACUAUUUGCUGAGAUCUUCAAAAAUGACUUGCAUCACAAGCAUUAAAAAGUGAGUCUACUGCAGAACAAUAACGGUUAACCAGGCAGGGAAUUUACAGCAAUAAAAGCGCAUGAAAUGAUUUUAAUGAUUUCGUUCCCAUAACUGGGAACCUGCCUUUGAACACAGCGAUCCCAGACGAGCCAGUUCAGGCACUGGCAGUCUGGGCACUGUUUUAAUGACUUCGCCAGCGACAGAUCGGAACGCCUCUGCCCUGGAAUGUAUAAAGCUGCUGUUUUACACACUUUGUUCAGCUGUGUUUGGUUUUAAAAAAAAAUAAAAAAUUUAACACCAGCAGAAUUAAUACAGAGUUAAAGGGUGCUGGUAUUUUAGAUUAUUAAAGUUACCACCUGCCUCGAGCAACUUCUUUUUAUACCUGAAGUACAGGUAAAUGAGUUUUAUUUCAAGGAAUGCUUGGUAAAUUUAAAGUUAUCAAUCAUUUUAAACUAAAAUCAGGAGGCUGUGUGGUCCAGUGGUUAAAGAAAAGGGCUUGUAAUCAGGAUGUCCUCGAUUCAAAUCCCACCUCAGCCACUGACUCAUUGUGUGACCCUGAGCAAGUCACUUAACCUCCUUGUGCUCCGUCUUUCGGGUGAGACGUAAUUGUAAGUGACUCUGCAGCUGAUGCAUAGUUCACACACCCUAGUCUCUGUAAAUCACCUUGGAUAAAGGCGUCUGCUAAAUAAACAAAUAAUUAUAUAAUAAUUAUAUAUAUAUAUAUAUAUAUAUAUAUAUAUAUAUAUAUAUAUAUAUAUAUAUAAACUAAAAUGUCACUACAAACCUGAAAUGUAUCUGUUGUACAUAAUAUACUUGACAAAAAAUGUUUGAGAUACUGACUUUAUUUCAUGUUAAUCGGUGAUCUAGCAAUGCUAUAUUAAUAACUGAUUAUAGUAGAAGGUAUUCACAGUAUCUCAAACUUUUUUUUUUCUCUCUCACUAAAAUGAUUUAAGUGCUUGUUACAGAAACUGAGAUUAUUGGAUAGUGAUCAUGUGGUUGAUGUUGUUGGUUUGUAUUCAUGGACACCGAUGUACCAGUCUGUGCUGAAGUGUGUAAUGACCCUUUUAGAAUAAUGUAUGCUUAUAUAAAGUCAUUUAAAGUCAAGUUUUCAAAGUGUAAUUGCAUGCUUUUAUGCAGAUAUAUUUGUAUGUAUAGCUCGAGGCAUUUUUGUUCAUCAUAACGCACACUGAAAUGCACUGCAAUUAGUCACACAGAGGAGAAUAAUGUUGUAUAUUUAUAUCAAAUAAAAUCUAUGCAAAUCUGG